AUGGUACAAGAUGUAGAUAGUACUUCUAAUGUCAUCCCCUUGCCUAUUGUUGAUGGCAAAACAAUGACCAAAGUUGUUCAAUAUUGGAAGAAAUAUUCGGAAGAAGGUGUUACGGAAGAUCAAUUAAAGAGUUUUGAUCAGGAUUUCUUGAAGAUGAGCCAAUCGGAAUUAGUUGGUGUUCUCUUGGCUGCUAAUUUUUUUGAUGAUAAGCAGUUGAAGGAGAUAAUAAUCCAAGAAUUUGCUGAUAGGAUCAAAGGGAAACCAAUAGAGGAAAUACGUGAAGUAUUUGGUAUCGUGAAUGAUUAUACUCCAGAGGAAGAGGAGGAGGUCCGUAGAGAGAAUGCUUGGGCUUUUGAAUGA